AUGGACAAAAUACCCAAUAUAUCUAGAAGUAAAAACUCAAAUAGCUCAACAAUAACAAGAGCUAAAGCCCUUGUUCCAGCAAAAAGAAAGGCUACAAAAGCUUUACUUCAAGAACAACCAAAUAAAAAAUACAAAAUAAUGGAUUCUCUUAACAAAGAAGUCAAGGUUAAAGACUCUUCCACUUCAAGAGAUAAGCUAACAAUAGAGGAUCCAGCUUGGACCUUUGCCUUACAAAAGUUUGAUACAGGUAAGAAAGAAAAUACUUCAUCUAAUAUAGAUGAUAAAGACUUUAUCACAGUAUCUAAUAAGAAGAAAAAUAAUAGAAAAAUCACUAAAAGCAG